AUGUCUGCGUCUAGCACACAAGUUGCUCAACCCAAAUCAUGUCCUCCAAUCAAUUUUACGGUACACGAAUACGUGGACUCGGUGUGCCCCCGCCAGUCCCAACAAUCGGUCUUGAAGCAAGGUUACGAUAGUAUACUCGCGCUUUAUGAUAAAUCUAUAUGGAAAUCUGUUAACCUCCAUGCCCAGCAAUACGAAGUGAAGACAAGCAAUAGCUACGUGUUCAACAUGGCACCGCCAAUGUCGUCAGUUCAGAAUCGAUCGCUGAAAGAAUUGAAGGAAUGGGGAUCUGAGGUUACAGAUGAAGAGAUCUUCACUCUCGAAGCACUGGACGAAUUCCGAAGUUCAGAUUUUGGACAAGCCGGAAACUCACCGACGUCAACUUCCACCUUAGAAAAGAAGAUCAAUCAAAGGGCCACCGACACGUUUUCGGCAGAACUGGAUGGUAAAGAUAAACAAUUCAAGUCCGGGUCACUAUUUCGUGUCAUUCCACAGCCUCACCUGUAUCCAACGCCUUCGGACUCGAAGAUACGAACAGUAAAUACUGCAUACACGAAAUGCAAACCAAUCUAUCUCCCACCAUACGUACCGGAAACAUACCCAAAGGAAUCCCGUGUUGCAUGGGUAAUCCCUUUGCGUGGAUCACUUCGUUGGGAGAACUGCACUUCUGGGGAAGUCUUGGAUAAUGUAGCAGUGCCAUCUCCUGCUCAACUCGGAAGCAAGAAUCAGAUCUCGUGGACUACAGAUGCCAUCGUCAAAUUUUGGGAUUAUCUCCUCAUGUUGCGCCAAAAGGGCUCUUUGGGUCGUCUGGGUGUCUCUUUCCAGCCUUCGAAGAAACAUAAGCAUACGUCACAGAUUUCUAAAACCUCCAACCCAGUCCUUAACUCGUCAAAAAUAACAGCAACUUCAAUCAGUCGCCAACCAUGCCGCGGGCAAUGUGUAGUUGAUUACAUCAAAGUUUUCCAGGAUGCGUUAGAUGCCCCUUAUGUUCGGCGUGCCAUUGACGUCUUUCGUUAUCAGUACACUCAGGAAAAUGGAACAAUGCAACAUAUUCGGUUGUUAAAAGGCUCCAGACUUGCUCUUGUGGACGAACUUUCUCAAGGAAUACUGGUUCUUUGA